AUGGCUUCAACGACGCUGACCGAGCAGCAAGGCCUGCGUAUUGCAGUCGAGGGCUGCGGCCACGGAGUGCUACAUGAGAUUUAUGCGUCGGUCGCAAAGUCAUGCGAAUUGAAGGGCUGGCCAGAUGUUGACCUCUUGAUUGUUGGAGGAGAUUUUCAGGCCGUUCGCAAUGCUUCCGAUCUGAAAGCUGUCUCCAUGCCUUCCAAGUACUACGCUAUGCACGACUUCCACGAGUACUACUCAGGUACCCGUACCGCGCCAUAUCUGACCAUGUUCAUUGGAGGAAACCAUGAAGCCAGCAACUACUCAUGGGAGCUAUACUACGGCGGCUGGGCUGCCCCCAAAAUCUAUUACAUGGGCGCUGCCAACGUUGUCAGGCUUGGUCCUCUGCGUAUUGCGGGUCUGUCUGGCAUAUGGAAAGGCUACAACUACAAGAAGCCGCACUACGAGCGUCUGCCGUACAACAGUGAUGAUGUGAGGAGCAUUUACCACGUCCGUGAGCUGGACGUGCGAAAGUUACUCCAAAUCAGAACUCAGGUCGAUAUUGGUUUGAGCCAUGACUGGCCACGAAGUAUGGAGUGGAAAGGCAACUAUCGCCAGCUGUUCAAGUGGAAACCAGACUUCGAGCAGGAGGCUAAGGAUGGCACGCUUGGGAGCGUCGCAGCAACAACCGUUCUGGAGCGGCUACGACCACCGCACUGGUUUAGUGCACAUAUGCACUGCAAGUUCAGUGGGAUCUGGCAGCAUGGAGGUGGGUCAGAAUCAGCAGUGCCCGAAGAUGCUACCAACGGGUCUUCUGCAGUUGUCAAGAAUGACGGUGAGAUCGACCUUGACAUCGAGGAUGAUGCACCGACAGAGGCGCCUAAGAAUGACGCCGAGAUUGACCUCGAUAUGGAUGAUGAUGAAGAAGCACCGAUCGCGACCGCUGCGCCAGCCAAGCCUGAGGAAUCCGCCCAAACCGAUGGCCAAGCAGCGGUACCUGAUGAAGUGAGAGAGUUACUGCCAGCCUCUUUUGCGCGCUCAAACUUUGAGAAAGCGGAGACACUGCCCUUCCCUGCAGACAUCACAAACAAAACGACCAAGUUCCUUGCACUUGACAAAUGCUUGCCUAAGAGACAUUUCUUGCAGCUGUUAGAGGUUACGCCACAUUCACCUAGUAAUCUUCAAAGACCACUGCAACUGGAGUACGACGCAGAGUGGCUCGCCAUAACACGUGUCUUCGCCAGCGAUCUGCAGCUCGGUGAUGCAGACGCGCAAGUACCUGCCGACAAAGGUGAUGCCUACUACAGGCCUCUGGUCGAGGAGCAAAUGAGUUGGGUCGAGGAGAAUGUUGUCAAAUUAGGCAAGAUGACCAUACCGCAUGACUUCGCACGGACCGCGCCAGUUUACGAUCCAUCUCAAGGCAUCCACGUUCAAGAAGAACCUCGAGAAUACGACAACCCGCAAACGCAAGCUUUUUGCGACUUACUGCAGAUCCCAAAUGCUUUCCACGCGUCAGAAGAGGAACGAGCACAGCGCAUGCAGGCCGGUCCCAGACCAGAGGAACAGCGAUCUGGUCGGGGCGGAAGAGGCGGAAGCAGAGGCGGUGGUCGCGGACGAGAUCACGGUGGUGGAAGAGGGCGUGGUCGUGGAAGAGGACGCGGUCGCGGGCGCUGGUGA